GAAAAGGCUGAGCUUUAGGAGCUCCGGACCUUCUGUGCUGCCCUGCUGUGAAGGAGGAUCCUGAGGGUCCCGGCUCGGGCUUGAACUAAGGCUCUUUGCUUUUGCAUACGAGUUCGACUCCUGGUGGUCUUUGGGGACCCUGGGAUCUGGGCAUAACAUUUGGGAGGCUCAUCCGGGAUCCCCAAGUCCCCCAGGACCUCCGAACCGUUGAGUCAAAACCCGGCCGGUAAGUGUCUGAAUGUUUGUCCUCUGUCUCUGUGUCUCGGCACUCCACCCUUAAAACCAGUAGCCUGCAGGCGGUCUGGGCGGACGCGCAUGACGCCCCGUACCACGGGACUUGGGAGCCGCCCCCGAGCCGCGUGUAGGGGUUUGGAUUCCCCUCCUAGAGUUGAAGAGACAAAGUCGCACGGCAAGAGGCGGUCCUCCCCAGGAGGACUUUCGCCCUUCUGUUUGCUCUCCGUCUGUCUUAAUUCUUUGUGACUGACGCCAUGGGACAGACCCAGACCACUCCUUUAUCUGUGUUCUUAGAACAUUUCAAGGACUAUAAAAUUAGGGCUAGAAGUCGAGGCUUUGUUGUUAAGAAGAAAAGACUGGCCGCUUUUUGCAGGAAGGAAUGGCCAACCUUCAACGUUGGCUGGCCACCAGAGGGGACUUAUUACCUGCCCGAGAUUUUUAGGACCCGGGAUAUCAUCAUUUUUGGACGACCGGGACGCCCAGCCCAAAUCGCCUACAUCAGCACCUGGCUGGAUCUGGUCCAGGACCCCCCAAAAUGGCUCAAGCCUUGGCUGCCAAAGCAGCCAAGCAUAGCCAUACUCUCCCUGGAAAACCCCGAGCCACAAGAAACUGAAACUAACCCAAGGAACCCUCUUUAUCCUGUCUUGCAGGGUGGCACUGAGGAAGACCUCAACCCUGAGCCACGAGAAACUGAAACUAACCCAAGGAACCCUCUUUAUCCUGUCUUGCAGGGUGGCACUGAGGAAGACCUCAACCCUGAGCCACGAGAAACUGAAACUAACCCAAGGAACCCUCUUUAUCCUGUCUUGCAGGGUGGCACUGAGGAAGACCUCCUCCUCUCACAUCCGCCUUACCGACCCCCACUAGGGGGUCUCCCAGGUCCUCAACCUGAGGCCCCAGGAGGGGCUCAAGGGCCCCCCUUGGCGAUCCCACCUCGCAUCCAAGAGAAAGCCCAACAACAGCUGCCUCAGCCGCCCACGGCUGAAUCCAUGAUUCACCCCUUAAGGGCAAUAGGCCCCCAAGACGAUGAGAGGAACCAACUAGCCGUUAGAGAGCUAUAUAACUGGAAAAUGAAGUACCCUCGGUUCUCAGAGAAACCAGCUGCGUUAAUUAGCUUAAUAGAUUCUGUCAUUUUAACCCACCAGCCCACCUGGGAUGAGUGUCAAUUGCUUUUGAAGAUCUUCUUCACUAGAGAGGAGCAAGAGAGGAUUUUAAUUGAGGCUAUAAAAUUGGUUCCAGGAGCAAAUGAGAGCCCUAUUCCUAAACAAGUUCUGUUUGACGCAGGCUUUGACUCGACCAGACCAGACUGGAACUUUAACUCGGCAGAAGGUAAGGAGAGUCUUCGGGUCUACCACCAGACUCUGAUGAGAGGUCUCAGGGCGGCUGGACAGGGACCCACUCAUUUGGCCAAGGUACGUAGUGUGCAUCAGGAAUGGAAAGAACCACCCGAAGCCUAUUUAGAAAGGAUUAAGGAGGCCUAUCGCACCUACACGUCCCUAAACCCAGAGGCACCUGAGAAUAAGUCGGCAGUCAUUACGACCUUUGUCAAUCAGGCCGCCUGUGACAUCAGGGACACAUUGCAGAGACUAGAUAGGGUAGAGGAGAAGAGUUUGCAGGAGUUGCUGGUAAUAGCUAAGAAAGCGAUUGACAACAGAGAAAUACUUAAGAAGAAACAGCUGCAAACCUACGAGGAGCCACGGAAUCGAGGGUUGGCCAUGACCCUUAUGGCAGAUUCCCCGGAAGAGAAACGACGCCAACGGCACCAACUCGAAGACGGAAAAGCUUGGGCAGAAACCGGAGGAAUGGGGUUGGCAGACCAUAGGACCCCCAUUUGCGUUGAACUGAUACCAGGAGCAACUCCUGUCCAGGUAAGACAGUACCCAAUCUCCCAAAAAGCCAAAUCAGGUAUCAUGCCCCACAUCAGAAGGCUCAUAGACUUGGGCAUACUGGUGCCUUGCCAGUCCCAGUGGAAUUCGCCCCUAAAGCCCAUCAAGAGGCGCAACUCUGAUGACUAUAGACUAGUCCUGGAUCUCAGAGAGGUCAACAAGAGAGUUAUGGACAUACAUGCAACAGCACCAAACUCACAUACCCUCCUGAGUUCAUUAAAUCCUUCCAAGAGUUGGUAUACAGUAUUGGACCUCAAAGAUGCUGUCCUUAGCCUGCCUUUAGCCCCCCAGAGCCAACCUCUGUUUGCCUUUGAAUGGCACGAUCCUGAAAAAGAAUUCAAUGGACAACUAACAUGGACCAGACUGCCACAAGGCUUCAAGAAUUCACCAACCAUCUUUGACAAGGCUCUACGUGAGGAUCUGGGUGAGUACAGGCGGGAACACCCCAAUACCACCCUCUUGCAAUAUAUAGAUGACCUCUUGGUGGCAGCAGAGACCAUGGAAGAAUGUCUACGGAGUACUGAAGACCUGCUAAUGACACUGGGAAAACUAGGCUAUCGGGCAUCAUAUAAGAAGGCUCAAAUCUGCCAACAAGAGGUAAUGUACUUGGGAUAUACCCUAAAAGGGGGCCAACGAUUGCUAUCGAAGGUACGAAUAGAUAACAUUUUGAAGGUCCCCACACCAACUACAAUACAGAAGGUCAAACAAUUCUUGGGGUUGGCAGAAUUCUGCCGUCUUUGGGUCCCUAAUUUUGCAGAAUUGGCAAAGCCCCUCCAUGAGGCCACCAAAAAAAAGGAGCCCUUCCAAUGGACUGAGACCCAGGAAAGCUCUUUCAAUCGACUCAAACAGGCCUUAUUAGCAGCCCCCGCAUUGGCGCUACCUGACGUCACCAAGCCCUUUUAUCUAUAUUUAGACGAAAGCAAAGGAGUAGCUAAAGGAGUCCUCACUCAAACGUUAGGCCCAGUAGCAUACCUAUCAAAGAAAUUAGACCCUGUGGCUUCUGGAUGGCCUCCGUGUUUGAGAAUUAUUGCUGCCACAGCCUUGCUAGUCAAGGGCGCAGACAAACUGACUCUGGGGCAAGAAGUUUGCAUUACUACUCCCCAUGCCAUCGAAAGGGUUCUCAAACAACCCCCAGAUCGUUGGAUGAGCAGUACACGCAUAACUCACUACCAAAGUCUGCUAAGCCCCCCGCGUGUCCGUUUUCUACCAAGGGCUGCCCUGAACCCAGAUUCUCUGCUACCAGACCCUGGUCUGGAGACCCCGUUUCAUGACUGCGUGGGCACACUGAACCAGGUGCACCGACUCGGGAAAGACCUAUCAAACCCGGGCCGCUGCUGAAUGCAGAAACCACUUGGAUCACGGAGGGUUACGGCUUUAUGCUCGAUGGACAAAGGUGCGGGGGCGGCAGCGUUAUCAGACUCAGAAACUAUAUGGGUGUCUGCCCUGUCACCUAGCACUGCUGCACAACGGGGCAAACUCACGGCGCCCAAGAGACACCUUAAAAUUGGGAAAAGGCAAAAGACUCAACAUUUAUAUCGAUAACGGGUAUGCCUCUGCCACAGCCUGUAUCCAUGGGGCUAUUUAUCAGGAGAGAGGACUCCUGACGGCUGGAGGAAAGACUUAAAAGCAAACAGGAGACCCUAAACCUGUUGGAGGCCCCUUUGGCUUCCAAAGAAACUGGCUAUAGUUAUAGACUGCCCAGGCCGUGCCCAAAAGGCAACUAUGCCUAAAGCAAAAGGCAGUCAAUGUGGCAGAUUUGGCAGCCAAGGUAGAGGCUCUCAAUCCUAUAUCAGUUUUGACUUUCCAACUGCCUGACCCAGGAGCUCCAAUCCUACCAGAGAAGCCUGAGUACUCCAAAGAGGAUGCCACCUCUAUCCACAAACUCCCUAUGACCCAUAAGCCUGAGGGCUGGUGGCUCACCGGAGACUGCAAAAUAAUCCUGCGCACCAAUUUGGCAGCCAGUCUGCUCCAGCGUAUACACCAGACAACCCACUUGGGCACCACGAAAAUCAAGGAUCUGAUAAGAAAGGCAGACCUACAGAUCCUCAAUCUCAGGUCCCAGGUCAAACAGACUGCAUCCAAGUGCUUGAGCUGUAAGCUCACUAAUGCAGAGAAUCAACCCCAGGCUGGAGGGUGCUAAACCUGGCUGGCACUCACUGGGAAAUGGACUUUACUGAGGUAAGACCAGGGGAAUAUGGUUACAGGUGCCUACUAGUGCUUGUAGACACCUUUCCGGGAUGGACAGAGGCCUACCCGACUAGGCAUGAAACAGCACCAACAGUGCUCACAACGAUACCAGAGGAGGUGCUUCCCAGGUAUGGAAUGCCAGCCGUCCUAAGCUCUGACAAGGGACCUGUCCUCACUACUCAGGUAACACGGGAUGGCUAAUGCCACUGGGGUGAAUCGGAAACUACAUUGUGCUUACAGGCCCCAAAGCUCAGGGCAGGUAGAGAGGAUGCUUAGAACUCUAAAGAGACCCUUACUAAAUUAAACUUUGAGACUGAUGGGGAUUGGGUGGUUCUCCUCCCCUUCGCUUUCUAUAGGGUGCACCACACACCCUAUACGUUAGGUUUAACCCCUUAUGAAGUCGUGUUUGGAAGACCCCCCCCCCCACUCUACCUAACCUAAAAUCUAAAGUGUUAGCUGAAAUUGAUGAUAGCCACUUACCUGACUCUCUCGAACAUCUAGGCCACACCCAAAAGGAGCUCUGGCCUAACCCGAAGGCUACUUUUGAGGCUACAUCACCUUCCCCCCCCCCCCCCCCAAACUGCUAUCGCAGACUGACUGAGCUGGCUUGGUCAGGAAGGAACUAUGGCAGCCUCCUUAAAAUCAAAUUAGAUAAGUGACGACCUACACAGCCUACACCCUAUAGGUCUAGGCCCUAAUAAGGUAUUGGCAUCUCUGACACCCAAUCAACCUCAUCCACGGACUCCACCCAUGUCCACACCUCCCACAGAGUCCCCUAACAGAUUCUGGCCCAUUACAUCUUGAAGCCACCAACAAGUGUUAACCAACAAGUGUUUACUCCGUCUCACACAGAUCUGAGGAGUGUUGGUGAUGCUUGAAUGCCAAUCCCUGCCCUCCCCCAUAUUGUGAUGGAGCAACCCUCAAGUCCUUGGUAACAGAGUAUCAGGAAGCUCAGCAUUGCAGGUGGCAGCCAGCAGGUCCCAGCUGAAUCACUCUGCAGUCACUGCAGAGACAAGGGCUCUGUGUAGGUAAUUCUGUGCCCCCAUUCCCCCGUUGCUCCUGCCUAUGUAAUACCACAGUAACUCAGACAGGUUCAGGGUACUCCUGUGGGUUGCCCUGGUGCUGUUUGUAUUUUGAUGCUAAUUACGCUUCCCCAAGAGGGGCUGCCUGGGACAGGGAGUGAAUCACGUACUCAGGUGACUUCAUCAGAACCUUCUCCCCAUUUUAACUUGUAAAAUAAAGGCUAGAAUCAUGAUUGGGCAGGGGAAGGGAAGGUGGAGCUGAAGAGUUGGGGGGAGAGGGAGGAGGAGAGAAGGGGACUACAGAGGAGAGGAGGUGGAAGGAAGAUGGAGAUGAAGCACGUGGUCUGGAGAAACCACAAGUUAUAAGGUGUGGGGAGCCGACUUGCCUGAGACUCCAACAUUGAGCUAAUUAGGACAGAAAAAGGACAUAUGAAAGUUCACCUAAAGGACAAGCUCAGUGGAAAAAGCCUAAUGUCCUAGCUAAAGUGUCACCCCUCUACGCCUAGUAAGCUUUCUGAGCCAGAGGAAGGUUCUGAGGGAGAACCAGAACCUGAGACCCAAGAUUCCCCCAAGGAGGAGACCACCACCACUGAUCCGGCCCCAGAGGGCCUGCCUCGGUAUCUUUACAGGCCCUUAGAUCUUAAGGUCUUAGAGAAACUUAAGGCUGCUGUUUCUAAUUAUGGACCUGUUACUCCUUUUACCUUGGCUUUGCUUGAGUCCAGUACAGAGGGGUGGUUCACCCCACGGGAAUUUUCCCAAUUGGCUAGAGCUGCCUUGAGUGGAGGAGACUUUGUUUUAUGGAAAUCUGAAAUGACUGAGGCAGUAAAAGAAAUUAAAACCAAAAAUCACUCUCAUGUCAGCUCCCGCUCCUGGACUGCAACAAAACUUUUAGGGGAGCCAUCAUAUCAUACUCUUGAGUCACAAAUGUUGUUGUCCCCCCUCCCCUUCUCCCCGGGCCUUUAGUCCAGGUCUGUCAAGCCUGUUUGGCCGCUUGGAAAAAACUUCCUCCAAAGAACGGUGCUUCUGCAACUUUAACUAAGGUCCUUCAGGGACCUGAUGAGCCAUACAGUGCCUUCAUCAGCCGACUCGCUGAAAAGGCUGAACGGCUGUUUGGCAUACAAGAGCCUGAGAAUCCCUUUAUAAAACUACUUGCUUAUGAGAACGCCAACCCAGCCUGCCAAGAUAUUUUAAAACACCACUGUUCUAAGACCUUAGUUGAAUAUGUUUGCCUAUGUGCUGGAGCGGGGACCAGUCAUGCUAUCGGACUAGCAAUUGGUGCUGUCCUACAGUGGGCUGGGGUGUCAAACACCCCCAAGACCUGCUUUAAUUGCAAACAGGUGGGCCAUUUCAUGUGAGAAUGCCCUUAUCCCAAGAUGAAUCACAGAGGAAAAACUAACUUGACAGGACAGAGAGAGAUGGACGUCGCUCUAUCCGCAUGCCCUAGCCCUACAACCCUAAGUGCCCGUUGUCAUCAUGGCCGCCACUGGGCAAGAGAAUGCAGGGCCAAGACUGACAGUCAGGGACGCCCUCUGCCCUCUCGCCUGUCAGGAAACUUCUUAUGGGGGCAGCCUCCCGCCCCCUUCCCACGGACAGACCCCGGGGCAAUAGGGUUUGUUCCUUAGGCUUCCCAUGUUCCCCAGUUUGCUCCGUGGCUGAUCUCUGGCGGGCCACAAGUGGUAGCUCAGGAUGGACCUCUGUGCCUCCUCCGGCACAAUCUUAACACCUGAGAAGGCAUCCGGGCCCUGCCUCCAGGGACUUUGGGCCUGAUAUCCGGCCGUGCUUCCUCUUCCAUUAAAGGGCUUCAGAUUACUCCAGGAAUAAUAGACACAGGGCAAAAUGAGGAAAUCCAGGUCCUGGCCAGGGCCUCCAACGAUCCCAUAUUUAUAUCCACUUAACAGGCCAUUGCUCAGUUAGUUUUGCUUCCCAAAACUUCAAUUAACAAUCCUUAUACAAAGAUUCCAGAGAGCCAAAAGAACGUAAAAUAUCUGAGGUAUUUUGGGCUCAAAGGAUUUCUGCCUCUCGCCCCAUGCUUAUUCUUAAGUUAAAGGGAAAGUCUUUUCAAGGUCUGUUAGACUCUGGGGCUGAUGCCACAAUCAUUUCAAGCAAAUUUUGGCCCGCUACAUGGCCAUUGACUGAUUCUGACACCCAUCUCCAGUGUAUAGGACAUUCUAAAAAUCCUCAGGUCAGUGCUCAGACCCUAAAUUGGACAGAUUCUGAAGGCAAUUCAGGAACUGUUAUUCCUUAUGUUAUACCAGAUUUACCUACUAAUCUCUGGGGAAAGAGAUAUUCUUUCCCAGAAGAAUGUGAUUAUGUGCAGCCCCAAGGAAGUUACCUUUACUAUAAAAUUACUUAAAAGAGCCAGUGCAUCCUUCUGCUCCCAUUUCCAUUGGUCCUUGUCCUGUUUUGGUUCCUCAGUUCCCUCCUGGACCCUCUCCCACUCUGCCUGGAUCCCCCACUUCUUCUCAAAAUAAUUACUUUUCCUUCAAUUGCAUCUACCCCGUUAGUUCCUCAAGCUGCAUAUUCUUCUCCAGAGACCAAGAGUCUGAUUCUUACCUUGAUUAAUCAGACUUUUCUUACAAUUAAUGCUACUUCUCCCUCUGUGGUAAAUGAUUGUUGGUCGUGCUAUCAUUCCCAGUCUCCUUUCUAUGAAGGUUUUGCAGUUGAUGCUGAAGUUAUCCCUACCAAUAAUUCCCAUUUGUGUCGCUGGCAGACAGGGGAAUGGAAUGGCCUCUCACUUUGACAAGUAUCUGGUUUGGGAUUGUGUGUUGUUGGAAGCGACACUCCCACCCAAUAUACCCAUCUUUGUAAUCGGACCAUCUCCCCAGAUAAAGAUUCUAGUUACCUUCCACCACAAAAUGAUACAUGGUGGAUAUGCCUUGAUGGGCUUUCCCCUUGCUUGGCCACCGAAGCAUUUUUUACUGACAGUUCUGAUUUUUGUGUUUUGGUCCAACUUGUUCCUCAAUUAAUUUAUUAUCCCUCUGAGGAAAUUUUUCAUCUUUGGGAUCAGUCUCAUGACUCUUCCCUUGGCCUCUCUUGACAGUGGCGCGAGCCCAUCUCCGCCAUCACUAUUUCUGUUUUAUUGGGACUGGGAGCUGUGGUGCUGGGACAGGAAUUUCAUCACGUGUUCUUUCAAACAGCCGCUGCCAAGAAUUGAGUGCUACCAUUGAUGCUGAUGUUCAAUGCCUUCAACAGGGGUGGAUGACCUUACUGACUCCCUCUCCUCCCUCGCUGAAGUGGCCCUUCAGAAUCGUAGAGGCCUUGACCUGCUUUUCCUUCAACAAGGGGGGCUGUGUGCAGCCCUAAAGGAAGAAUGCUGUUUCUAUGUGGCUAAGACAGGUCUAGUCAAAGAAAGCAUGAAAAAAGGGGGAGGGGGAUGGGGGAGGGAAGGAGGCGAGAGCUGGCAUCACAAUUGGUUUUCCACCUCCCCUUGGCUGACCGCCCUUCUUCCCUCUUUGUUGGGACCCUUGGUUGGUCCUCUUUUGCUCAUAUCUUUUGGCCCAUGGGCCUUUAGUCACCUGACUAGCCUUAUUAAACAACAAGUAGAUGAUUGGGCAGUGAAACCUAUUCACAUGCAUUAUCAUAGAUUGGCUUUAGAGGAUUUAGGUAAAGAAGGCUCGGCUUCAACUCCCAUCUCCACCCAAUCCGAUCUGGGCAAUAUGGCUCUUGGGACUGCCUAAUGUUGGCCCUACUUGCAAAAAUAGCCUCCAUCACCUUUCAGCCUUGGCACUGACAUUGACUGUGAUUCUCUGUCCCCUGCUCAGUCCAUGCUGGGUAGAACGCCAAAGACGGGCAACUUUCGAGACCCCCAUUCACCUAAGACAGAAGCCCUGAAGGCUGACAGGGUAUUCAGUGACGGGUAAGACUGGUGGGCUCCUCGAUCGAUCCUAAGACAGGCACUACCCCAAAAGGAUAAGAGGGACUUCGUUCCCCGCUGAGCUACUUGCCAUCUUGGAGUGCUAAUAUCAGGGGCCUUUCAUCCAUACCAAUCUGGUGGUCAGCGUUGCUCAGUAACAAGGCUUGCCAGAAGUGUUGAUAUAAAUUUGGUGGUCCAACAGGUUUUUGUUGAGAGCUAGUUUCAUACAGACCUAGGGCUGGUGACCUUUGCAAAAGAAUCAGCUUCCUACAGACCCCUACAGCCCCAGGUCUUGUGACCUUUUGCUGAAAGCCAAUUUCCUACAGACCCACGGAUUGUGACCUUCUGCUAGGGGCCAACUUCCUACAAGGAACCUAGGCCAACAUCCUGCAGGAGUGAGCUAACUACCCUAUUGGUUAGAACAUCAAGGUCUCCCGCCCCCUGAAGACUUCCUCCUCCCCCUGCCUUGUUACUGUAUAUAAUCAGAGCCUGUAAGCAUUAAACUUGUCGCCUUGAUCAGA